GCGCGCGCGGCGCACGUCCCCCUAUAUAAACCGUGCCGCCCUUCCUGAUUCAAUCAUUCCCUGCUCUCGCUCCGUGCAGUGCAUAUCGCUCCUGCUCUCGCACCCUGUAAAUACGUAGACGUAGUUCGUUUUUAGUUACGUACUAAGUUAAUAUGUGUCUCGCUAAGGAAGAAUCACAAUCGCCGAAGAAGGAGGCUCAGUCGCCUCGUUCGCCUUGGAUGAAGCUCUUAAAUAGACAGGGCUCAAAGCCAAGGCUGCCACGAAAGGUGACUAGCUCUACGCGAGUGAAUCUUAACAAGUGCUGGUCGAAAUUGGGUGAACUAAUCUCCAAUGCGGCGCCACGCACUGACCUGCCAUCGCAUAAGACUGCUUAUCUCGAGGAACCGGUAAUAGUGCCGUUCUCUGAGUACUUCUAUCCAUUGGAUCCGGUAAAACCGGUCACCGAAGACAACGACAAUGCAGAAAAUCAAAACAUACUCAACUCCAACCGCUUCGAGCUCAUCUCUGACGAUUCAGAGAUCAGUGACAACAUGGCGAACGAAGUUCGGGAAAUCUGCUACACGGCGACCAAGUCUAAUUGUUUCGUAUGUAAACUUUGCUAUUAGUUGCUCCAUCGGUCUUCCGUCUCUAUCAGUUUUAAUGUUUGGUACUAAUGCAGUGAAAACAAAAUCAUGUCUUCCAACGUUAGAUUAAGUGAGUGCUGCGUUAGCACGCCCGUGUCUUCCAUUAGACUUAGUGACGAAUUAUGGCACCGUAGCAUCAUCCAAUGCAUGUGAUUGUAUUGUGUGAUCUGUAGCGUAAGUGAUAGAGUUAUACGGAUGAUCUUAUCGUGCCAUAGUUCAAAGUAAAUUAGUUGUUCGUUGUAAUGUAACAGUAAAUUGUCACAUCAAGUUUUGGUAGACAGCUUUAAUGCAAACUGCACUGUAAUUAUCUAGCACCUCUGAAUCUUCUGUUUCAAUUGUAACAUCUAUUUUUACUUCAAUCCAACGUCUUCCAUUAAUUUUAAGUGAUUAUCUGUGAUACGAAGUGUACGUGAAGCUUUAAUUAGAAUAAGUAAAGAAAUAUUAUAUUGUAUACUUUAUAGUGUAGUAUCUAAUGCAAUAAUUUGUCUUUAGUUUUAUGCACUUUUAAUAUUUCUUAAGUUAUGAAGUUAGCUUUAGCUUUUAAAUUAUUGCAUUAGAUACAAUAGAAAAAAUCUAUAUCGAAAGCUUUAAUUAGUUUUAAGUUAGUUAAGGUCUCCAUUAUUAUCUCUUAGUUUUUUCUUAUUUUUUGUCAAUUUUUUUAGAAUUAUCCUUAAUCGUGUUAAGCUAAAAUGGGCCGAAUGUGCCAAUCUUAUUUUAAGGUUUGCUUUAUUGGAUUCUUUAUUCUUGGUUUAAUUUAUAAUUUUUAGGUUAAUUAUGACCAUUAUGUGCCUUUUUAGUGUGGUCUUUGCCUUUAUGUAUAAGUUAGUUUAAAAUUAUAAAAUUGGUAUAAAAGUAAGUCUUAUUGUAAGUAGAUCGUAAGUUUAGUUUAUAAACCAUUUUGUAGACUGAUAUUGGUAAGAACAAGACUUUCGUUUGAUCUCUGUUUAAUAAAUAUACUUUAAUAAAUA